UCUUAGAUACUGAACUUACUCUGGAUCCCUCGGAGGUUUUUCGUGCAACUCUUCUUCAAAUCACCGACCCUUAAACCUAUAAACUCUUGACACGGUGGAGUCGGUGUCAGCCAGUGUCCUGCCCACAGGCGUGCUCUGCAUGCUUUCACUUUUUGUUUCACUCCGCAUCAGCAGGGAGGAAACUGGAGAGCUGACAGAACUGAACAAAGAAACUUUGUAAGAGCAGCCAAACUCCACAGAAACAGCCUCACUGUCCAGAAAGUGCUGUAAACUGACAUUAAACAGACAUGGAAGAAAUAGAAAUCCUGGAAAACAAACAGGACAUAUAUGCUGGUGCAGAGCAGAGGAAUGUUGCAGAAGAGCCUGUGAGGAUCAUGCUCCUUGGGAAGAGUGGGGUAGGCAAGAGCUCGAGUGGGAACACCAUCCUCGGGAAACAGGUUUUUAAAUCAGACAUGAAGCUGGAAAGAGUCACUAAACACUGUGAGAAGGAGUGUGGGACAGUUAAGGAUGUCCCUGUCUCUGUGAGUGGGAAAACGAAGGAUGUGCCUGUCGCUGUGAUUGACACACCCGGCUUUUUUGAGACAGACCGCAACAAGGAGGUAAUUGUGCGAGAUAUUCUGAAGCGUGUCCAUCUCCAGGAACAAGGACCUCAUGUCUUUGUGUUAGUCGUCCCCAUAGGAAGGAUGACCAAAGAAGACCAAGAUACCAACACACUGAUCGAAUCAAUGUUUGGCGCAAAUGUGUGGGACUACACCAUCGUACUGUUCACCCACGGGGAUCGUUUGGAGGGAAAAACCAUCAACGAUGUGAUCACCAAGAGUGAGGUCAACCUCCGCAACUUCAUCCGCAAGUGCACCGGCGGCUUCCAUGUCUUCAACAACAAGAACCAGCACGACCAGGACCAGGUGACGAGCUUCGUGGCAAAGAUCCAGACCCUGGUGUCCCUGAAUGGAGGGCAACAUUACAAAACGGCCCUGUAUCCCAGAGAGGAGAGGAAGAUUAGGGAAAGACAGGAGAGCAUCCUGGCGGAGAGAAAUAAAGAGAUCUGUGACAGAGAGGCAAAUCUGCCGAAUGUCUUCAAGGGGCAAGAGUUGGAGACUAAGAAGAAGGAGCUGUGGAGGAAAGAGGAGGACAAAGCAAGACAAGCUGCAGAGAAUUACAUCUGCAUGAAUUCCUACAUUUGGAAAUUUAUCUCCUUCCUGGUAGGAGUAGUAGUGGUGGGUUUGGCUCUUAACUUGCCAAGUGUGAUGCUUCUCGCUGGAGCUCUGAUAUCCCUUUUGAUUUUUUUCAAGGAGUCCAUUCUUCGGCUGUCCAUGUCAGGAAAAACACCCUGGCUUUCUAAGAAAAUUCAAUAAGUGUGAUGUGAGAUAGUGAAAUUUUUGUUAAGGGUUAGAUUUUUGACAAGAUAAAAUUUAUUCAGAACAUUAGACAGAAAAGUUGCGGCGGUGUCAACUCUGCUCGACUCAAGUCACCCGACGGUAUCAGCUGUGAUCCAGCCUGUAAACUCACCAGCAGCUGCUUUUGGAACAAAAGGCAUGUCACCUGUUUCAACAGCCAAUCAUCUUGUAGCAAAGUCUGCUGGUCAAGUUAACCUGUCAGCAGGUGCAGAAGAAACAGAAGAGAAUAUUUUCUAAAUUUUAUAGCUUUCUCACUCCUUUGUAACAGAAUAUUGAAUCUGCUCUCACAUAACACAAUUAUAAAAACGUAUCUUGUUAGAUAAAUAAUGUGUCAAGUUGUAUCCAGUGUUUUGUCAUCAGCAAGUCUUGAAAUUAAAAAUUAAAUGAAUUACUCAAACAGUUA